AUCGUUUCCGAAGGAACGGAUGGCAUGUCAUCGUCACAAUGCUGACCGUCUGUAAAGUCAUCCCUGUCUUUUGAUACGACCCUCCCUCUGGAGGUUCAUGUGUCAUCAGGACCUUGAGGCACGACCAAACACACACUGAUGUUCUCCCUCCUACAGCUGAACCUGGCAGACGUCUAAUACCUAAAAGAUUGAUGAGGUCUCAUCUCAGCAAAAGAGUCCUGGCACAGGGUUGAUAAGGCAGCUUUCAUCCCUUUAUAUUUUAUUCCCUGCCCCUUUCUUUCAUUCUUUCUCUUCUAUUUCAUAAAGCGAGGCGAAGGGGCAGGCCUUCGGGCAUGAGAAAGGAUUAUGACAGGCAGAGGCCACUCUGCGAGAAGGACUGCGCUUUAGAAAAGAGGAAUCAUGAAAUGGCCUGGAUGGGCGUCCUUUGUUUUCUUUGACUGCUCCUUGUUUAAAUGUGGUUUGAGAGCUGAAUGGGAAAGCGAACUUGGUAUGUCUCUGUCGGACCACCUAAGCUGGAAUACAGUGAAACUGCAAAAGGAAUUGGAAGGAGCUGAAAGCAAAUGAACAAACCAACAAGAGAUUUACACACAAGACAAUGUGUAACAUCUCCUUCUGUGAUGUGGACAGUAAGGUGGACCAGUUCUUCCAGCCCACACUCUACAUCAUAGUCAUCAUCCUGGGGCUGCCGACCAACUGCAUGGCUCUGUGGGCUGCAUACAUGCAGGUACGUCAGCGCAACGAGCUUGGCAUCUACCUAAUCAACCUGUCGGUGGCCGACCUCCUCUACAUCAUCACUCUCCCUCUAUGGAUCGACUACUUCCUGCAGCACGAUCACUGGAUUCAUGGACAAGAGAGCUGCAAGCUGUUCGGCUUUAUUUUCUACACAAAUAUUUACGUCAGCAUCGCCUUCCUGUGCUGUAUAUCUCUGGACAGGUACCUGGCGGUGGCAUACCCCCUACGCUUUGUUAAGGUUCGCCGAAUCAAGACAGCUGUUUUCGUCAGUGCCAUUGUCUGGAUCAUUGAGAUCAUAGCCAACUCUGCUCCUCUCUUCCACGAUGAACUCUUCCAGGAUCGCUUCAACCACACCUUCUGCUUUGAAAAGUAUCCAAUGCAGGACUGGGUGGUAGGAAUGAACCUCUACAGAACAUUUUUUGGUUUCCUUACACCAUGGACUGCCAUGUUGGUGGCCUACAGAGGGAUACUAGCAGCAGUGCGAUGCAACGUCUCUACAGAGCGACAGGAGAAAGCCAAAAUCCAGAGACUGGCCUUGAGUUUAAUUCUCAUAGUUUUGCUGUGCUUCGGACCAUACCAUACACUCCUUUUGGUGCGCAGUGUGAUGUUUCUGCGGCAGCCGUGCGACUGUAGCUCAGAGGAGACCCUGUUUGCUGCAUAUCAUGUAUCUCUGGCUCUGACUAGCCUGAACUGUGUAGCUGACCCCAUUUUGUACUGUUUUGUCAAUGAGGGUGCCAGGCACGAUGUUAGUCGUGCUCUCUCAGCUAUUAUGUCCUCAGCAUGCCAGAGGCGCUCCUCAUCCUCACCGUCGCACGCUGACAUACUCAAUGCUGGCUCUGUCACCAUGGAGACACCUCUUUCAACUAAGAAGUCAUCUUGUGUGUAUGUUGAUGGAGGGAAGCCAAGCAGCUACAAGACAGAACUGUUGGCUAUGAAGGAGGAAUGUCUACAGAUGACAAUACUGGCUGUUAAAAAGUGAUUUCUGGGAAAACCUUGACAGGUUUAAGUCAUCCUUCUCUGGAGAGCAGAGUAUCCCCUAUACAUUAGGGGGUAUAUUUUCCUCAGCAAGGCCCUGGGGAGGUCAGAUGUGUUCAGUGGCUGUUGGUUCGUUAAGACCAGGCUUCCACUCAAAUGCCAAAAUUAGAUUUAAGUGAACCUAACAAACAGUUUGCAACACCUGAAACUGCUGCUGUUGGCUGCUAGCCUGUUAGCACAUUCAUAGCAAGUUAAAUCUGACCUGAGAGGGCCGCUAGAUGACUGCUCAUGUUCUAUGUUGAGUGUGUUUUUGUUUUCUUUUUGCGACCAAAUUUGUAAGUUAAGUUUUAAAGUAAGGCAACUGCUUCCCUAUCUGGCUGGACAUUGUGGUGCCCAGACUGGCAGAUUUCAACAGUUAAUAUUGCAAUAUGUGUGUUGCAUUAUUCUACCUUAGUCCCAAAGGAAUGGGCAGAGCAGAAUAUGAUCAUGUUUAUGUUAUAAAAAAUAAAGAGCUGUUAAGUCCAUCCAAUGUUAGAGUGAACCAAAAUGUGCAUUACUCUCUUUAAACUGAAUUGGCUUUUUAUCUUCUUAUUUUUCAUCAAAAGACCAGGUGUGAGUUUUCACAAGAAAUCUUCCAAACAGACCGUUUUCUGCAUAAUGUUUUUCUUAUGGAUUCCUUCCCUGUAGGGAUUCCUAGCUGAGGUUUGCUAAUUGAAACUGUCUUAUGUUUGGAUUUAAAGCCACAUUUUGUUCAAUUCUAACAUAAUAAUUGGCAUUGAAAAGGUUGCUGAGAUAUCAAGGAAAAGUUAAAAUUUUUAUUUUUUAUCUUAACAAAAAGCCCAAAACUUCAAAAAAAAAAGUCAUCAUUAUUUGCUUUGAUUUUUAAUGCUAGAGGAUGCAUGCAGGUAAAAUCAGACACACCAGCAAAGUGAAAACAAACAUAACAUCGACAGUCAUUUUCUAAUUGAAAGAAACAUGUUUACCAAAGCAGAUAAAAGUUAAUGCUUUUUCCGUGUGUUGUAAUCUCUUUGUUGAGGCACCCUGGUUAACCAUGCAUGCAGUCUACUUCAUGGAAACUCCAUCAGUGCAAGAAAUUUCCCAGUAUUUUUCCAGAGCAACCACAGAUUUCAACUAAAUUAACUUGGAGGCAAAAUGCCAGCUACUCUGAUCAAGUAAACCUGACAGCAAAUCAUCCAAACAUUGAACUGACUUGCCCAAAAAUAUGACUUUAUUAGGAAUUUACUGUAAAUUUCACUCGUUUUGAGCCAACAUUGUUUUUCAUUUCGGUUUUAAAUACAACUUAUGUUUUAAUGCAACACAAACUGGUAAGAUGAUGAGAUCAAUCAAGUUGCUGAACAAUUUCUGCAAUUGGAGGCAUGAUUUUAAAACCUGCAUAUUUGAAACAAAGGAUUCACACCAGAUUUCAUUAGAUUCUUGCUGCCACAGGAACUUUAGAUAUUUACCCUAAGUCAUGAUGAUUAUUCUGUUUGAACAUGUAAUAUGAUUAAUUCAGUACCAUUUCCUGUUUUCUGGCUCUUAGGGGUUAUAUCCCUGAAAUGAAGAGGUUACCUUCACUGAACUCACAUGUUAUUUUCUGAAAUUACCAAGGUUUGAAUACAUUACUGCUUGGAAUUUGAAUUUCCUUUUUUUUCUUUCCUUUUGGUUAAUACAGGGCACCUUUUCAACUCCCAAUAGCACCUUUGGACCUUUAUUGAAGUAAAAAAAAGUCCUCACUUAGGAAAAUAACACAUCUUAAUAUUGUCCUGUCCCUAAAGGUCACCUGCAAAGGCCAGGAAAAUAACCAGUUUCAUAUGGAGACCUCUAUGUUAGGCAGAAUUAGAGUUUCAGAUUCAACAACUUAUGUCUUGGAAACCAUCUGUAUGUAGACAAAAAAGAAUGAUGGAAAUUUACAUCUGGAGUCAAAAAGUGACCUGAAAAAUCUAAAAAGUGACCAGCAAGAUCCAGAAUGUAACUGAAAGAAACCUCCAGGUUUUAGAAAACUAUCUACGUAGUUUCUAAAAUAAU